ACACGCUACCUACUCACACCUACGCGCGCGUGCUCGCGAUAGUCAUCGCGUGCACCGCGACACGUUCAUUUGCCGAUUCAUUUGUUCGUGUUCGUACGUGAAAUUCUCUCUCGUACGGUCGAAACGACCUAAACCGAUCGCUCGACAUUGCACACUCGAAUUGUUGCACACUGAGUAGAUUUCGCAAUUCUCGUGUGAGAGCUAAUAAGCAUCGUGAGGUGAGCCUGUGAUAACCUCGUAUGUACGAACCGUCGUCGGAGCUUGUGAGAGAUUCUGCCAUCUGCCGCCAAUUUCGCUGCCAAUUUUCGCGCUUGUCGAAAUUGGCCGUUAUCUAUUUUCGGAGAUUCGUGUCUGGUCGUCAACGGACCUCGGGAAGAAUUUCAAUCAGUUCGGAACCAGGGUCAUCAAGCCGACCUGUUACUCAACGAGAAACGCUUAAACGACUCCAGUUAUCGCCGCUGGAAAGAGAAAGGACAAAAGGAGACACUUGAAAAAAAAGGGAGCGAUAGUUGAAAUAUUGUUUGCACGUUGCAAACGGAAAACGACUGCGGAAGAGAGAGAGAGAGUUUCUGUUACGAAAAUGUCUGGAAACAACGACAGUUGCAACAACAAUUCCAAUACCUGCGUGGUAUGCUACAAGAAUGUUGAGAUUUAUAGUAUCGGCAUGUGCCAACACCCAGUGUGUUACGAGUGCAGUACCAGGAUGAGAGUGCUUUGCCGUCAGAACGAGUGUCCCAUCUGUCGUCAAGACCUGCCAAAGGUUGUGUUCACGCGAGAGGUAAAACCCUUCCAUAGUCUGGCUAGAACGAACCUACUAGACACGCGAUACGACAUCUAUUUUGUCAGUCUGGAUAUCCAAGAGAAGUUUACGGAAUUGUUGGCCAACACUUGCUCCAUAUGUAAGGAGAAAAUGGUAUUUAGCAGUUUCAAUAGUUUAAAGGAUCACAUGCGACACCGUCACGAGUUGCACUAUUGUGACUUGUGCGUCGAGAAUUUGAAGAUAUUCUCGCACGAGAGACGUUGUUACACGAGAGCGAGCCUAGCGAUGCAUCGGAGGAAAGGUGACAUUGACGACAAGAGCCACAAGGGUCACCCGCUCUGUGAAUUUUGCGAUCAGCGUUACAUGGACAACGAUGAACUCUAUCGACACUUGAGACGCGACCAUUUGUACUGUCACUUCUGUGACGCAGAUGGUUUACACCAGUAUUACAGUUCGUACGACUACCUCAGAGAGCAUUUUCGACAGGAGCAUUACCUGUGCGAGGACGGAGUGUGCGCGCAGGAAAAGUUUACGAGUGUCUUUCGGACCGACAUAGAUCUCAAGGCGCACAAGGCCAGCGCUCACGGUAAGCAAUUGAGUAAAGCGGCUGCCAAGCAGGCGAGAACGUUGGAAUUCGAAUUUACGCUGGCGCCACGCGGCGAGAACCGAAUGAACAGGAGAGGCAUGUUGGGUGCGUCCACGUCGAGAACUCACAAUGCGAGAGAUCACAACAACGGUAGGGACUAUCAGCAGACGUCGUCGGUCUCGACGAGUGGACUCGCGUCCAGCAACGAGCCCGUCUUUACGCGACAACCGUCCGUCGACGUGCAAAGCACCGACGAGUUCCCCACGUUGGGUGGUGGCGCCGUUUCCGUCGUUCCUACCUUGGCCCAAACCAAGAGCAGGGGAAACGUGACCAUUCGCAGCACCGUGAGGAAUCAGCCGCUCGCGGUAACGGACGAGAACUUUCCCGCACUGGGUCCGGACCCGGCCGGCCCCGGGAUCUCGAAAACGGUAAACCUGAGCGUGUCCAGCACCAGCAACGCUUCGGGAUCCAACGUGGGUAUACCGCAGGGUCACAAAGCCUCGACGUCCUCGAACGUCUCCAUUCAGGUGAAUCACGAGCCGAACGGCGUCGUCACCACCAGAGUAUCCGGACCUAAUAUCAGAAUACGUCCCGCGCAAUUAUCCAUAGAUUCUGACUUCCCUGCCUUGGGUAGUUGCGAACCAUCCACCAGUACUACUGCCAAUUCGACUCAGUGGAAGGAGGUUUUGCAGUGGACCUGCUUGAAAUCGGCACCGGUUAACACGCUGAGAUCCAAGGGAGUCACGCCGCCACUGUCGAUUCCGUCGGUGCCGCCGGUACCGUCGUCGUCGCCGCCACCGCCGCCGCCACCACCGCCGCCCAUUCAAUCCGGCAAAGACUUCCCAAGCUUAGCGAAAUCGUCGAAAUCAAAGAAGCAAUCGGUAAUCACGGUAGUGCCCUCAUGGGGACAAAGCUCGCAGAAUUCCGGCGCUAACAGCAACGCGAGGACAACGAUGGAGCAGACAACAAAGGGUAAAGCGAAGAAGAAAAAGUCGAAGCAGAACGGUAACGGUAAUUCAAGCGGAAACGAGUCCAGUAGCUUUAAAUCGAACGUAAAUGCGACCGUUGCGAAGCAGGAGGUCGUACCGACGUGUCCCAGCGGCGACUCGGACGAUUCUCGCGUCGCGUCCAAGCGGAACUCGAAGGAAACCGAGCACACGAGCAAGAAAGAUAAAAGGAAGAGCAGGAACAACGCGGACGAAAAUUCGGGCGUCACGACAGCUGGAAAAUUGGAAUCCACGAGUGGUGAUUACGUGUCUGUGAACGGUGAGAGGGCGCAGAGGAAGCGCAGCGAGCUCAAAAUCGACAGCUUGAAUACGACUAACAAUAAUAUCCAUCAGGCAGAAGAAUUCCCCGUUUUAGGUAACAACAGCGGCAGCAACAGGAGCAGCAGCAGCAGCAGUGGCACUAGCAAUAGCAAUAGCAAUAGUAGCAAUAAUAGCAGACCGCCGGGCUUCACAAAUCCACCUCCUGGUUUCACCUCGCCGACCUCGCCGCCACCUGGCUUCUCCGUCAAGUGCAACAGCAUCGACCGACUGCACGGCAGCAACGGCUUGACGUUUACCAACAGUUCCGGUGAGAGUUACUCCAUUCUGCCGGACAACAGCAAGCACGCCGCCCACCACCACCACUCUUACGUGUCGCCGCCAGAUUUUCAGAAACGAAACGCCUGCCUCGUGACAAAACUGAAUGGCGUGCUCGUGCAACAAGAAAAGAUCGACGAGUUCCGCUACGUAAGCGGCCUCUUUCGCGGAGGAACCUGCGACGCCGAGGAGUAUUACACGCACUGUCGCUCGGUCAUGGGCGCCAGUGCCUUCGAGAGCGUGUUCCCCGAGCUUCUGGUACUGCUGCCGGACAUCGCGAAGCAGCAGGAGCUAUUCAAAGUGCACAAGCGGCAGGUCGGCGGUAAGACGAAAGGACUGGAGAUGUGUGCGACGUGCGGCCAGAUCCUCAAAAACGGCACUGAUUUUCGAACGCACAUGUCUAGUCACACGUUAGAAAAUCACUUUCCGGCGUUAGGCAAGGCCAAUGCGCAAUUACCGAGAAACACAUGGGUACGUAAAUGAGUCAAUUACGUCGUCUCUAUCGUUCGACCAUUGUUCUCUUCGAGACAUUGUUCCGAAUACGUGUACGUACGCCAAAAAACCCUCGAGUUGUAAAUACGUCGCGCUACUGUUCGUAUCAUUGUCGAGAUCCAUUAGUCCUCGUCGCAUCGUGUGUUUACUCGAUACGUAAUAUUUAUUCCAGCAGUCGCGCAAUUUCGAUUCUUGAAGUUAAAUUUAAAAAAAAGCGAUUUGUGCUACAAUUAGAUAAUAACUAGCGCCAUACAUGCAGUUUGCCACAGAAUCGGUAUUUGUUUAGUGAAUCGCUAGACGAUCGAUAGGAAUAACAGGGAAAUAGAUGAAGAUCCAUAGAGCUUGUAUGCGGACAGCAGUAUUGAUGAUGUGUAAUGAUGCUCUGGGUACGAUGCGAUUGGACAGUUUCUUUGUAUAAUAAACUUUAUAUAAGAAAGUAAGAUACUGAAAUACAAAGUCUGUUACAAGUCAUAAAACUGGAUCCACGCAUAUAUAUAUAUAUUAUAUAUAUAUAUUAUAUAUAUAUAGUGACGUCACGCACUAAUAUUUCAACGGCCGGGAUUCAUAGUUUGUUCUUACAUUAAAGAUCGUCUUAAAUAUGAUCUUGAGAUAUUUGCCACUCGGAUAGCCGUAUUAGUAUCCAAAAGAUAUACUUAAGACCAUCUCGUUACAAAGAAUGGACUAUAAAUACGAUCGCCCGACAAUUAUUCGUUUCCGUACUACAUUUUAAGAUAUAUGAUGAUACAUUGUGUACAUACGAAUAAUCCGCGCGGAUAAAAGUGUUCCUUUUAUAAUUUAUUUGUCACUGUUUUUCAAAAUUGCGAGACGGAAUAGUUUGCUGUGGUAUGCGAAAGAAUAACACCAUUAACAAAUCGUUUGAUAUAUUAUACAUUAUGUGCGAUAUUUGUAAAAUUACCGUACCGUUUCGUAAUAAAGUAAUAAAGUAA